CCAACCCACCACCACCGCCGUCUCUUCCGCCCAAAGUAAACUGCUUCCCCAGUAAUCAGCGACCGCAUUUAAAUGGAUAUGUACAUCUGAACCUCAGCCGCGCUCUCUAUCCAUCUACAUCUAUCCCUCGUCGUCUUCCCCAGUACUCCAGUCGUAUAGCUACGUAGAUUUCCCACCCACAACCUAGAGGCGGCGGCGGCGACGAUGGGGAAGCUGGCGAGGCUCGUCGACGGCAUCAAGACCAGGCUGAUCAGGAAGAAAGGGGAGGACCAGGAGGAGGCGUCGCCAGCGUGCUACGACAAGGUGGGCAAGACGGAGAGCAUGAGGGUGGAGAUCAGGAGCCGCCGCGCGCGGGAGCUCAUCGCCAAGAACCUCGCCGCCGCCGACUCCAUCGGCCACGGCGGCGCCGUCAAGAAGGCCAAGAAGCGCUUCUUCGCCUUCUGACCCGCCGGCAACGGAAGCCCCGUCUCUCGAUCGAUGUGUCCUUGUGGCAAGCAAGAUCGAUCUAUCCGUCUUUUUCUCCCCUGUGUGAUGAUUCAUUACUUGCUCGAUUAGCUCCCUGCCUGCAGUUGAUCAUGAUCAUGUGUUGCAAAUAUGAUUAUCUCCUCGAACAUUAAGAUGUAAUCCAUGCAUGUGUUGUUCUCUGAGCUCUGACAUAUAUAUGUUGUUCGCCUUCAUAUC